AUGGCCUCGGAGCUGGGUGCCAGGGAGGAUGGCAGCUGCACAGAGCUGGCGAAGCCCCUCUAUCUGCAAUGUCUGGAGAGAGCUCUGCGAUUGGAUCAGUUUCUACGACAGACAUCCACCAUCUUCAACAGGAGUAUAUCCAGUGAUGAAAGCGAGGAUGGAUUGGAUGACAAUCCUUUGCUGCCACAGUCUGGGGAUUCCCUGAUGCAAGUUAAAGAAGAGCCCCCAAAUUCAUUGCUUGGGGAAUCUUCUGGAGCAGGAAAUUCUGGGAUGUUAAACACACAUUCCCUCAAUGGAAUACUGCAGCCAGAGCCAAAGUCAGAAAAAGGGAGUUUGUAUAACUUUUCCAAACUGAAGAAAAGCAGAAAGUGGCUGAAGAGCAUCCUCCUGAGUGACGACUCCAGUGACACGGAUUCACCAAGUGAUGAGGAUGGAGAGGAGGAGGAGGAGUUUUCUCUUAGCCGUGAGGAGCUUCAUAAUAUGCUGCGAUUGCACAAAUAUAAGAAACUGCAUCAAAGUAAAUACAGCAAGGACAAAGAGUUGCAGCAAUACCAGUACUACAGUGCAGGGCUACUCUCCACACAUGAUCCCUACUAUGAACAACAGCGCCAUCUCCUAGGGCCCAAGAAAAAGAAGUUCAAAGAUGAAAAAAAAUUAAAAGCCAAGUUGAAAAAGGUGAAAAAAAAGAGGAGAAGGGAUGAAGAACUCUCUUCAGAAGAGUCACCAAGACGCCACCAUCACCAGACCAAAGUUUUUGCAAAGUUUUCUCAUGAUGCACCACCACCAGGGUCCAAGAAGAAGCACUUGACCAUCGAACAGCUGAAUGCCCGCCGACGGAAAGUGUGGCUUAGCAUUGUCAAAAAGGAGCUACCAAAGGCAUACAAGCAAAAAGCUUCAGCACGCAAUCUUUUCCUAACCAAUAGCAAAAAGCUGGCCCAUCAGUGCAUGAGGGAGGUGCGGCGAGCUGCUAUCCAGGCCCAGAAGAACUGCAAGGAGACUCUACCACGGGCACGUCGCCUCACCAAGGAAAUGCUUCUCUACUGGAAGAAGUAUGAGAAGGUGGAAAAAGAGCACCGCAAACGAGCUGAGAAAGAGGCUUUGGAGCAGCGCAAGCUGGAUGAGGAGAUGAGAGAGGCUAAGAGACAGCAGCGAAAACUUAAUUUCCUGAUCACCCAGACUGAGUUAUAUGCCCAUUUCAUGAGUCGCAAACGAGAUAUUGGACAUGAUGGAAUACAGGAAGAAAUCCUGCGCAAGCUGGAAGACAGCUCUACCCAAAGGCAGAUUGAUAUUGGUGGAGGGGUCGUGGUCAACAUUACACAGGAGGAUUAUGAUAGUAACUACUACAAGGCCCAGGCUCUGAAGAACGCAGAAGAUGCUUACCAGAUUCACCAGGCCCGGACUAGGUCAUUUGAUGAAGAUGCAAAGGAGAGUCGGGCAGCUGCUCUACGGGCUGCUAACAAGUCUGGCACUGGCUUCGGAGAGAGCUACAGCCUAGCAAACCCAUCUAUUCGGGCUGGAGAGGACAUUCCACAGCCUACCAUUUUCAAUGGUAAACUGAAGGGGUACCAGUUGAAAGGCAUGAAUUGGCUGGCCAACCUGUAUGAGCAGGGCAUCAAUGGAAUUCUUGCAGAUGAAAUGGGCCUGGGUAAAACAGUCCAGAGUAUUGCUCUGCUAGCACAUCUGGCUGAGAGAGAGAACAUCUGGGGACCUUUUUUAAUUAUUUCACCUGCCUCUACACUCAACAACUGGCAUCAGGAGUUUGCCAGAUUCGUUCCUAGAUUUAAGGUGCUACCAUAUUGGGGAAAUCCCCAUGACAGAAAAGUGAUCAGGAAAUUCUGGAGUCAGAAGACAUUGUACACUCAGGAUGCACCUUUCCAUGUGGUGAUCACUAGUUAUCAGCUGGUGGUCCAGGAUGUGAAGUAUUUCCAGCGAGUGAAGUGGCAGUAUAUGGUGCUGGAUGAGGCACAGGCACUCAAGAGUAGCUCCAGUGUCCGCUGGAAAAUCCUACUACAAUUCCAAUGCCGAAAUCGACUUUUGUUGACUGGGACCCCCAUCCAGAACACCAUGGCUGAGCUGUGGGCUCUGCUGCACUUUAUCAUGCCAACGCUAUUUGAUUCACAUGAGGAGUUCAACGAAUGGUUUUCUAAGGACAUAGAGAGCCAUGCAGAGAACAAAUCUGCCAUUGAUGAGAACCAGCUGUCCCGCUUGCACAUGAUCCUGAAGCCUUUCAUGUUGAGAAGAAUCAAGAAGGAUGUGGAAAAUGAGCUGUCAGACAAGAUUGAGAUUCUCAUGUACUGCCAGCAGACCACCAGGCAGAAGCUGCUGUACCAAGCUCUAAAGAACAAAAUCUCUAUUGAUGACCUGCUGCAGUCCUCCAUGGGCACUACCCAACAAGCACAGAAUACCACUAGUAGCCUCAUGAAUCUAGUCAUGCAGUUCAGGAAGGUGUGUAAUCACCCAGAGCUGUUUGAACGACAAGAAACUUGGUCUCCAUUUCACAUCUCCCUAAAGCCAUACCAGAUUUCAAAGUUCAUCUACCGUCAUGGACAGAUCAGGGUCUUUAACCACUCGCGGGACAGGUGGUUACGGGUUUUACUUUCGCCAUUCGCUCCGGACCACAUCCAGCAGUCUCUCUUCCAUAGGAAGGGUACCAAUGAAGAAAGUUGUUUUUCUUUCCUCCGGUUUAUUGAUGUCUCUCCAGCAGAAAUGGCAAACUUCAUGAAUCAGGGACAUUUAGCCAGAUGGUUAGCUCUUUUCCUGUCUCUGAAAGCCUCCUACAGGCUCCAUCACUUGCGCUCCUGGACAGAUCCAGAAGGGGAGCACCCACAGAGGACUCCGUGUCUGGGAAAUAAAGAUUUCUUGCUGGGAGUCAAUUUUCCACUCUCUCUUCCCAACCUGCACAGCUGCACUUUUCUGCAGAACCUUGUGUUCAGUAGCCACUGUAAAACAGUUACUGGCUAUUCAGACCAUGUCAUACAUCGAAGGAGAUCAGCUACCUCAUCGGUCCGGUGCUGCCAGGUCACUGAACUGCCAUCCUUCUUGUGCAUAGCCAGCCCACGGGUAAUAGCAGUGCCUCUGGAUUUCUACUGCAAUGAUAAAAGCGCAGAGUAUGAACAUAGGGCAUUUAAGGAAGGAGGAAGUCUUGAAACAAAGCAGUGUAUAUUGAAUGGGGCACCUGAACUAGCAGCUGAUUACCUGAAACGAUGUUCCCAGUUCUUCCCAGAGUAUCCGGGAGGGUUGUUGGGGGUCAGGCCUCAGAAUGGCUGGUCUUUCAUCAGGAUACCAGACAAAGAGAGCCUGAUCACGGACAGUGGGAAGCUUUAUGCUCUUGACCUUCUGUUGACACGGCUGAAAUCUCAAGGACACAGAGUUCUUAUCUACUCUCAGAUGACACGGAUGAUUGACUUGCUGGAGGAAUACAUGGUUUACAGGAAACAUACCUACAUGAGAUUGGAUGGUUCUUCAAAGAUCUCUGAAAGAAGGGACAUGGUAGCUGACUUUCAGAACAGGAAUGAUAUCUUUGUGUUCCUGUUAAGCACAAGAGCUGGAGGAUUGGGCAUUAACCUCACAGCUGCAGAUACGGUAAUUUUCUACGACAGUGACUGGAAUCCAACAGUGGACCAGCAGGCCAUGGACCGGGCACACAGACUGGGUCAGACGAAACAAGUCACUGUGUACCGGUUGAUCUGUAAAGGCACCAUUGAGGAGCGCAUCUUGCAGAGGGCAAAAGAGAAGAGUGAGAUCCAGCGGAUGGUGAUUUCAGGUGGCAAUUUCAAACCAGACACCUUGAAACCCAAAGAAGUGGUCAGCCUUCUGCUGGAUGAUGAGGAACUCGAGAAGAAAUUGCGUCAGCGUCAGGAGGAGAAGCGGCAGCAGGAGGAGACAAAUCGUGUGAAAGAACGUAAACGAAAGAGGGAGAAGUAUGCUGAAAAGAAGAAAAAGGAAGAUGAGUUGGAUGUCAAGAGAAGGAAAGAGGGCAUGAACCUGGUGAUCCCAUUUGUUCCAUCUGCUGAUAACUCCAACCUUUCUGCUGAUGGGGAUGACUCAUUCAUUAGUGUAGACUCUGCCAUGCCCAGCCCCUUCAGUGAGAUCUCCAUCAGCAGCGAGUUGCAUAUGGGGUCUAUCCCUCCUGAUGAAAGUAGCAGUGACAUGCUGGUGAUUGUGGAUGAUCCAGCCUCUUCAGCACCACAGUCAAGGGCCACAAACUCUCCUGCUUCCAUCACUGGCUCAGUCUCAGAUACCAUGAAUGGAAUUUCAAUCCAAGAUACACCUGUCACAGGGAGAGGUAAUUCAAGUAGAAGCCGGGGUCGCCCUAAAGGUUCAGGCAGUGGAUCCAAAGGCACGGGGAAAGGCCGGAGCCGGAAGUCAACAGCAGGAAGUGCAGCUGCAAUGGCAGGCGCCAAAGCAGGGGCGGCGGCGGCCUCUGCCGCAGCAUAUGCAGCAUACGGGUACAAUGUGUCUAAAGGUAUGUCUGCAAGCAGCCCUCUCCAGACAUCAAUAAUUCGCCCUGCUGGACUUGCAGACUUUGGACCUUCAAGCGCCUCUUCUCCUUUGAGUUCCCCCUUGAGCAAAGGCAACAGUGUCUGUGGGACCCCAAAAAGCUUAAAUCUGACCAGCACUAUGAUACCAGAAACCCCAGUUCGGAAACAAAGCAAAGGAGCCCACACCUCGGGUGGGCGGUAGUAAAUUUGAGCCCUGGAGCUUACCUUAACCGUAUUGGCUUUCAAAGUAGCCCACCCUGCCAGCAGAAGGCAUGCAGAUAAAUGCCUGUUGCCAUCCCACAUGUAUGUGAAAAGAAAAUCACAGCACAAUGGGGAUGGGUGGUUUACGUGAGCACUUUGAUUAUGUGUAUCCAAAAAAAUUACUUUUGCAGAUUCUGUGAGGAGUAUGGAUAAGGAGUGGGGUUAACUGAGAAUGUUUCAGAUUAGUUUUUCAAUUAAGAUUUACUGACACAUCCUACAAGCGUGCUGUGAGAGAGAUCCUGCAGCUAUUUGUGUUUGUGGACACAGCAGUAUACUGUCCUUCCUCUUCUUUCAGCUUCAGAUGGAGUUCAGCUCCAUUCUUAUUCUAAGAAAUCAGUAUCUGAACUUGGAGGGUAUUCUAUGAAGUCAGAGAAACCCUUUGCACUGAGGACCUGACAGUGCAUUUGAGGGUGUGCCCAUCCAGGGGAGCUGGGUGGUUGAAUAAUCUGGCUUCUCUAGUGUGAAUCAGUAGUGAAUCUAGGGAUUCUAUGAAGAAUUAUCUGAAGACCUUGAUUUCAAGGCCACGGGAAAGAAAUCUCACAGUUUCCAGGGUCUGGACUCUUGUCAGCACUAUGCUUUUGAAUCUGUUCUAAACAUCUGGCAGGAGCUGGAACCACAGUUGGACAGAAUAUGCUUAUUUAGUGUUGCUAUGUCUGCUUCACAGAGAGGAAGAAGCUUCAAGUAACUGGUUUACAUUUCAAAGUCCAGGUCUGUUAGCAUUGAGCAUUUGCUAUGUUGGAUUUAACAAUGAUCUCUCUCAUUCUGAGCUAUGCUGAGCUCUUAAAAGGUGUAGGAACCAUCAGGCUCUGCUUGUGUAUGUUUCAAGAAGAGGGAAUGCUGAUGUGUAGGGGGAAGAAGUUCAUUGCUAUUCUUCUCAUUGUGCAAUUGCAGAACUUGCUGACAUUGCCUUUGGGUACUGCAGCUUGCUAUGCCACAAGGGGAGCAAUGGGCAACUUUACUGAAACGAGGAGUGUGCCAGUCAACUCCCUGGGAAAAAUGAAGUCCCCCAUUCCAAGCACCUACACAGUAUGUUCUUCCAGCAUGUUUCCCAUUUGUCAGUGAUUGUCUCACACAGCAGCUUGGCUGAGUGCAUUACAAUGUGCAGGCACUAGUAGCCAAGCCCCAUAAGAUUUAUAGAAGCCAUUAAAGAGAACAGGAGUGCUGUCAGUGCCGCUCUGUGUCCUCAUUCUCUCAGAUUUCUCUUUCCCCAUCCUAAAUGCACAAACCUCUCUAUAGCCCCUGACUUGGCUGUAAGUGUUGUCUGCAUUGCACUGAGACAUGGGGGUGGGGGAGCAGUUCUCCUGUCAGGCUCAUUAAAAUCAAAUGGUUAUACUACUGGGGCACUUUCAUCCUUUGUGAGAGAAAGAGAAGCAAGUUAUGAGUUACAGGUCUCUGCUGUGACAGCAGAUGAUUUUUUUUCAUCCCCAAACCCCUUGCCUGGCAUCUCACAGUGUGAAGCAAGUGCUUCUUGUGGGCUCUGCCUCAAAUUUGCACACCUGAAAAUAGCAGAACUGAGUUUAGUUAGAUUGAUUUUUAAACAGAUUUGUAGGGGAUAAUUGGGGGGGUGUCACUUAAAUUAAAUCAUGAAGACUUCCCCCUUCCCCUCAUAUUCACAUGUAUAUAUGAUAUUUAGAGGGAAUCAGAAAAAUGCCAAGCCUUUUUUCUCUUUGAAUGUGCUGUCUAUUUUUAUAACUGAACUUGUAUAUAUGUAUAAAAAGAGACACAUCUUUCUUUUACUAAUUGGAGAAGAAAAUCUUAAAUAAAUGCAGUGAGAUAAUUUUAUGUAAAUCAGAGUCUCUGUGGUUUGUACUUGUGUAGCCAUAUGAAUGGGGUGGGGUGAGGUGAGGUAGUGAGGUGUGUGGGAGUCCGCACAUCUGUGGGGAUGUGUAAGUGUGUGUAGGCUUUGGAAUCAGAAGGUCUGUGUUCAACCCUCUGAGCAAUAGCACACUCUAAUUAUUUUCCACUGUUAUUGUUGUCCAAUUAAUUUACUGGAUAUGUAAAUUUUAUAUAACUAAGCAACCUACUAUGUGCAGUGCAGAGAGAACGUGUACAGUACGUUAUAGGAUAGCAGAUGGAUUUAUUCCAAGGAAGGUCACAGAUCUCGUGUCUGGAAAAUGGUGGUUUAGUUCAACAUGGUUGUUUCCUUUUUCAGUGCUUCAGCCCAUAUAGUUAUUCUGCUCCAAUUUUCAAAUGGAAUUGUCAAGGGCUUCUUUAUAUGCAUUUUUUAUUUUUAAACUGCUAGAAAGUUAUGCCAGAGAUUGAAAUAAUGCCAUAGCAGGGUAAAGAAAAUGGUUAUCAGUAUGAGCAGAACCUUGCGUAUAGGAGGAGAUUGCAAAGAUUUAUUAUAAUUUAAUCUACAAAGGUUUAAAGUGAGGAUACUAGAUUUGAUGAUGUCAAAUUAAUUUUUUUUUUUUUUUUUUUUUAAGUCUCAAUGACCUGUCAUGCUGUGUUAGGGAAGGUGAUGGAAGCCUAAUUGCUUGGGAUGAUUAAAGUAGACUGUGCAAACUCUAGAAGAUGUAUAGCAGGAACAAUUAUCUAUCUCCCUCCCUUCAUAGGCAGGGAGAUAAACAGGAUAACCUACACUAGGUCUACGUUACAGACCUAUAUCUGGGGAUCACAUGCAUCCACGAAAGCUCAUGCUCCUAUACGUCUGUUAGUCUAUAAGGUGCCACAGGACUUUUUGCUGCUUUUACAGACCUAUAUCUGUAUUACUACGUUGCUCAGAGGUGUGAAAAAUCCACACCCCUGAGUGACAUAGUCAUACCAACCUAAGCCCCGGGGUAGACAGCACUAUGUUGGUGGGAGAGCUUCUCCACAGCUGCCAUCUCUUGUGGAGGUAGAUUAACUAUGCCAGUGGGAGAAGCGCUCCUGUCAACAUAGGCAUGUCUUCACUUAAAAUGCUGCAUCAGCGCAGCUGCACUUAAGUGUAGACCUGCCUGAAGACUCUUCCACCUCUCACUCCUAUGAAGGAUUGUAUUUUAAACUGAUCAGUUCUUCUUUGUUAUCAUUAUGUGUAAUGUGAGAACAAGGAUACCCUUGAUGUUAGAUGAGCAGUACAUUUAAAGGGAAUUAAAAUGGAUGCUGUUUUAUUCAAAGUAUAAUUGACUUUUGGAAUUCACUACUGCUGGAGAUUAUCAAGACAAAUAGUGAUGGAGCUUUUUUAAAAGGCAGCAUAGUUUUAUGACUGUCCAUUAACACUGGGCAUUAUAUGCACAAUGCAAGAGAAUAUAAUGGAUAUGCAUAAUGAAACCACUUGCUUUGAAGUGUCAGGUAGGAAUUCUCACGGCCUCUUUACCCAGGUACUGUGUUGAACGAUUGUCUUUCCUCUGAAGCAUCAGAUACUUGCCGCUUUUGAAAACAAGGUACUGGACUAAAUGACUUUAUGGUCUGAGCUGGUAUGGCAAAUUGUGUGUUGAUACAUUUGUGAGACAUUGGGGAUUGUAUAUGUCCAUCAUGCUGUUUGAGUGUAGCAUUUACGCCUUUAUCCACUUUUUGCUGUAAAACUAGAAGUAUAAAUAUUAACCACAGUUAACAUUACUCUUUAGGAUUUUUAAAUUUUCAUUUAAAUCACUUUAGCUGAGCUUUCUUUAGGCCAACGGUUCUCAAACUGUGGGUCAGGACCCCAAAGUGGGUCGCAAUCCCAUUUUAAUGGGGUUGCCAGGGCUGGCUUAGAUUUGCUGGGGCCCAGGGUCGAAGCCCGAGCUCCAUCGCCCGAG